GUCUUUGGGAUUUUGCAUAGCUCACAGUUUCCUUGUUAUCAGUUCCUCUUUGACUACAUCAAAAAACAGCAACUUGUUUACCUGACUGCACAUUUAUCGUCAUCAUCACUUGCUCAGUACACACCCGAGCAAGCAAGCUUGCAGCAUGGCACAACUCAACUCCACCAAUAUUACCUAUAACAUCUCCUCCUGUCCUGGAUAUUCACCUAGUUUCUUCUUGGAACCCAGGAGUCUACUUCCUGUGGUGGUGCUGUCCACCUGCUUUCUGCUGGGAUUCCCUGGAAACAUCGCUGUCAUCAUUCUCAAGCCAAACUGGGAGAACAUGUCCAAUCUGACCCAGAGUUUGAUGCUGAACCUGGCUGUGUCAGACCUGCUGUGCUUGGCUACCCUCCCAAUAUGGAUUUACUACUUUGUCUGUAGCUGGACCCUGGGCCUGGCGGGCUGCAAGCUCAUGUCAUACCUCAUGUACUGCAGCGUUUAUGGCAGCCUGCUGACUGUGACUAUGAUGAGUAUCCAGCGUUACCUUCAGGUCGUUCACCUGCAGAGGAGUUUACCUCAGUCUCUACAGAGAGGUGAAUCGGACAGCUUUCUUCAACAAUCAACAGACCACGAGACUGAUUACCAGCAUCAUUGUGACCUUUUUUGGCCUGUGGGUGCCAUAUUUAGCCAUAAAUGUGCUAGCAGUGGCAGCUAUUUCCCUAAAAAAUGAGAGCCUGCUGAAGUUUUGUGAAGACACCUGGAACGCUGUUGGAACACUAACAUUUCUAAGUAGUACCAUGAAUCCACUCCUGUACACAUUUACUUCUAUUCAUUUGUCCACUCUGGGCCAAAGAAUUGGUAACCAGUUAAGAAGGA